AACAACGGCUCCGGCAUCAUGGCUGUGGCGAGUCAGCAUGUAGUUGUGAUGCACGAUCCCCGAAGGAAUCGCGAAGAUAGCUGGGGAUUGAAUGCCAACGAUGGUAACGUCCGACACCUGGAUUUCGCGAAUGAUGCCCACUCGCUUUACUAUUCCACCAAUCUGGAUGGCAGCAUCCAGCACUAUUCCGUUGAUCGCACGAGACUUCUGGACCCUGUGCAUACCAACCCUUGUCCGCCAACGGCAAUGGCCAUUUCUCCAACAGGACAUUUGUUGGUCUCAGCGACAGAUAACCCGAAUGUUGUGCAUUUGCGAAAUCUGGAGCACAACAGCGCUGCAGUCAUCGUCAAACCACAAGCAUCAGAUGCAGCGGUUUCAUCAAUCGCAGUCCAUCCAGAGCGUCCAAAUAUAUUCGUUUUAGCUUUUAUCGAUGGCACUAUUGUAGCGUACGAUGCAACGAGGAUCACCAAAGCGGCCACUGGGUCAGCUUCGGGAGAAUCGCGAAAUAAAGGAGAGAUAGGAAGAGCAACUGGCCUGUAUAAGGCAGUCACAGGAGCCUCAGUUCCAGGCGCGCAGAUCGCGAGCGAUGUUCCUAUCGUCGGAGUAGCGUUCAUUCCUGGCUUCAAGACUCGCGUAGUGGCAGCCGGGGUCGAUGGGCGUUGCCGUCUUGUCGACGUUGCACAAGGCGGCAGCACAAUACGAACCUGGCAUACCAAGAUGCCUAUAACUUCACUAGACGUCAUCGGCUCUACAAUUGACCAAGUAGGUACAGGUCACGCACCUCCUUCUGUCCAGGAGCGGUUGCUGAAUCCACGUUCGUUGGCCGGAGACCCACUGAUUGCCGUGUCGCACAUCGAUGGAACGGUUCAGAUCUACAACACUAUAGGCCUCUUACUGAGCCAGAAGAUCAUCACUUCUUAUGAUGAGAGAAUCUUGAGUGUUGCAUGGACGAGGGGGACGUCACCAGCGUCACUCAACAACUCCAACAUUGAAAAGCAUUUCAGCUCCGCUUCCAAGGACUCUUUCGAGUCCUCAGAUACUGUAACCCUCGAGUCCGAUCAGUGUGCGCCUGAGGGUAGUGCGCAGAUAUCCGAAGAGGUUGACACAGGCACGACGCGUAUCCAUAGCCCUCCGACGUCUGCUGUGCCUAUCCUUCCAUCACUUACGCGACCCAACCUUGAAGACCUGUUCUCGCCAAUCAAGGCACACUCUCCGCCGCGAGUAGGAGGCGAUCUGAAAUCAAAAGGAGAUAGCCCCAAACGACAUCGCCCUGGCAUAUCCAACCAGAGUUUUAUCCACAGCCCUCCACCGGAGCCCGGAAAACAAUCCAAUAUCGCGCGGCAGCGAAAUAUCGCCCUGUUCCCUUCUACAGAUAGCGAGACGGCAGUAAUUUCUGUGGGAGUACCUUCCGCAGACCUCUCGACCCGACUUAAGCUGAAGCCUGCAGUACGCCAGGAAGGAUUACCCGGCUCACCGCUCAACCCAAAGAAACGUCAAGUAGCUUUCAAAGCUGCUACACCUCGAACACAGGGGCGUGGCUUCGCUAACGCCAUCGCCGUAGCCCCCAAUACAAACGCUAGAGUCUUGGCCGAUCUGCGGAAGCUUGCAGGCCCUCAUGGAUCUGCGUCCAGGCGAAAUGGCACAUUAUCUUCCUAUGCUGUAGCACAGCAAAAGCUGAAGCCCUCGACUUCAUCACACGUGACGAAAGUAGACAAAAUCAGCGUGCCAAAGGAACAGUCGAGUCAUGAUUCUCCCAAACAGCAGCGCCAAGUUCACGUCAAUGAUCCGGACACAUGGCCGACAGAUUCUGCAUCAAUCCCGUCCUUCGGUGAUGAGGAAGUUGACGACAUCUGGUUGACAUCUGAAGCCGAAGAGUCCCGGCCAAAUCCCCCUCGACGUCGAGGCCAUCGCCAGAAGCGAAUUUCGAAGAGCUCAAAUUUGUUUCCUGAAGACUUUGAUUCCGGCAUAGGGUAUAGCGAGCCUACGACAAUGCCUCAUUCUGCUUCGACAUACCGAGACCAUGCACAACUUAGAUUUACCGAUCCACCGAUGUCGAAUGAUGACUUAGAGCAGAAUAGUGAGCACAAGCUCCGUUCUCCCACGAUCGCGACUUCACUUCUUGACGAGAACGACAUGGGCCCCACUUCGGAAGAUGUCCGAAAACACUUUCCACGGAUGUCAUCGCGCUCACCACGUCGGACGCGUCGAAAAGAUCACGCUGUAGAAGACGGCACACAAGAAAGAAAGGGGGAAACGGCAAGGCAUUCUCCUCCACCACGGUUUCGCCAGAGCGGUGCCGCCAGUACACUCAUGUCACUUGCAAUAAAAUCAGCGGAACAUCCACGAAAGAAGCUUGAUCAAGCACAAACAGCACCACAACGCCAACGCGGGCCUCAACGACACAGAGACCCACGAGGGCAAGAGGACCGCCGGCAGAGCUUUGAUCUCAAUCAUGAUAACCACGACCUCGAAGACGACGACCACGACCACGACCACCAAGACGCAAGUGCAGAAACAUGUCCCAAAUGCCACAACACGCGCGCACGUGUUACCAGCCUAGAAGGAGAAGUCAUGGUCUUGAAGGCGGAAGUAUUGGCAUUGAAGGCUUUGUUGAGGAGGCAUGGAAUUCCUGCUUCGGCAGUUGCAGCAGCAACGUCGAAGUCGAAGUCGUCGUUGUUGCCGGCUUGUUUACGGGGUUAGAGACGUCGUGGAUGAGAUUAUUAUGCAUAAAGAGUGCUUAUGAGAAGCAUUGUAUUACUAUUGAUUUCAAUCUGUCACUGGG